CAAGUGGCGCGAGGUUAACAUGCCACCAGCCGGUAGCCCGAUACAGCCGCCGCCUCCUCCUGCAGCUGCCCCUCCGGCCUCCACUCCCCAGCUCCCCCCUCCCUCCCUACCCUCCUCCUCGUCACCCACCAACCCCCGCAACCAACAAUGGCGCCCGCCGCUGCCACCGGCGACUACCUAGACGACGACGAGUUCGACGACUACAACCCGCACCCCUACGCGGGCGGAUACGACAUCACCGCCACCUACGGCUCGCCUCGCCCGCCCUCCCUCGCCACCUGCUACCCCGUCGCCUCUCCCGCCGCGACGCCUGCACCCACCGCCCCGCAGGUGCCGCGGCCUCCGCUCCCUCAGACGCCCGCACCCGCUCCGGCGCCAGCGCCACAGCCCCCUAAGCCGAGCUCGCCACCGGCCCCGGCCCCGGCCCCCGCGGCGGAGCCGUACUACUGGCCCAAGCCGUACGACUACGGGGACGCGCCGCGUCACCUGCCCAUGUACCCCACGCCGGAGGUGUUCCGCGGCUGGCCGUUCCUGCCGCCGCCGCCGGGGCCGCACUGCCGCUCCACGUGCGCCCGCGUCCGCGCCCGUGACUACUGGAGGCAGUGCAUGCGGGGGCUGGACUACCUCUUCGGCCACUCCGACGGCUACGGGGAGCGCCACAUCGGAGUCGACUCCCUCGGGGUCCCCGUCUACGCCAACCGGAAGGGGGGCGUCGAGGACUCCGUCGCAGUCGAGGUGGCGCCGCCGGCCGUCGGGACUGUCCAGUGGCACGACGCCGGCGAACUGCAGUUUCAGAACAACCAGAGAUCGUCUUGGUAUGGUGACACCGAAGAGGAAACACAUUCUUAUGAGCAACCUACAUACACUUCAUACGAUCGAUCUUAUGAGCAACCUACCUAUACUUCGUAUGAUCGAUCUUAUGAACAGCCUACCUACACUUCAUAUGAUCGAUCUUAUGAACAGCCUUCCUACACUUCAUAUGAUCGAUCUUAUGAACAGCCCUACAGUUUUCACGCUGUUCCCGAUGAGACUACCUGGUUUCCUAAUCAGACCUACCAGGAUGUCUACAAAGAGGAGGAACCACAAUUCCAGGAAUUCUUCUCGUAUGAUGAAGACAAUAAAAUUUCGUCUCAACCUAUUUUUAGCUACAAUCAGCAUUUUGGUGAACAAUCACUGCAUAUUCAUGUUGAGCCUCCAGAAACAGUUUCUUCUCACAAGCUGGAGUACUAUGAGAAUUUCUCGAUGUACAACAACCAAAAUGAUGGUGAUAAUCUGGAGAGUUCAAGACAAUCAUAUGAGACACAGUCCUAUGUGCACAUGCCUUACGAUCAACUUGAACCUUAUAGGCCUUCAUGGUCUCUGAAUUCAGGAUACUAUCAGGCCUGCACAGAAGGGAUAACUCCAGAAUAUGACAAUCAUACACUGGCAUCUGAUGAAAACUGGGAUAUGUCAAGCUUAUUUAUGUCUCCAUUCUAUCCUCAAGAAACACGAUCUUAUGAGCAGUCUCAUGGUGAUGAAAAUGUCUAAAUUGGAAGAGCAACUGGAACAUGCUUUCUGAAGAUAAUCAUCAGAUAGCUAAAUUGGGUGAUGGAACUAACCAUAUUAGUCAAUUCUGGAACUUCGGAGACUACGCAACCUAUACUGUAUACUCUGUGUUGUAGCAAUGUUGCUUCAGGUUCAGUUGUAUUUGUAUAACUGUAUUUACAUGCUGACUAGAGAUACAUUCACCCUAUGUUAGAUUUUUCAGUUUGCCUAAAGCUGAAGCGGAUUUUGCGUGUUCUAUUUCGUUACCAGAGUCUUGUCUGUACCACAAUACUCUGUGUUAUAGCUUCAAAUAAAUUAUUUUCUUCGUUA